CCGCUCCCUGACACACGGAGCCAAAUGUGGUACGUAUGGAACUUGUAUUGUUCUGACGCUAACAGCUGCUUGAGGAGUUUGGUACUCAGACUUCUUUGAUAAAUUUGCGUGCUCAACUGUGCUUCAACAUGAUGUUUGUUGCUGAGAAGAUGCUGGACAAAGAACUCUGCCACAACCCUGCAGCUCUCUCAAGUUGACCAGACCUUCCUACAUCGCCUUUGUCUAAUGGAAGCCAAGGGAUGCAGCCAGCGAUGGAGGAUGCAUCUCCCAGAGUUUAAACACAGCAGCAGAUGCCAGAGUCUGGCCACAAAUGACACUGAAAGAGGCAAGACAGAGAGAGAAAGAGACGGAGGAGGACCACACAAAAGUGUGACUAUGGCGCCCACCUCCAGGUAUCUGACAGACAGACAGUAUGUAAUGAGAAAGCCUCUGUUCUCUUCAGAACAACAUGCGUCUAUUUUAAAGAAGAUGGAUCCACAGAAGCACACAGAGGAGGAGAAACAUUUGGGUGUUAGCAGAAGAGAAGAAAAUCCGCAACACACUGACAUGAACUUCUUGACCAGAGCAAGAGGAGAGAUGACCCCAGAGAGCCUGGCCUUCUCUCGCAGUGACAUCUCAGCUCCCUCAGUCUCUAGAGAAGACCUCAGCUCACCCUUAGGUGCUUUCCCUGGCAGCAGAUUAGCUCAGCGGAGCCUCUCAAGCUCCAUCCUGGAGGUCCAGAGAUUAAAUCCUCCUUUGAGGCCGCGACUGACCUCCACUGUCCUGUAUCCUACCUACACCCCUCGCUCAGGGUAUUCCAGGUCAGGCCAUACUCGGCUCAGGCUGGGGAGGGGGACAGAGAGAGGUGGGGAAGAGACCAAACUAUGCUCAUCUGGAGGACACUCAAAAGGACACCUGAUGUCUCCCUAUCAGGCGAACUACUGGGCCUGUGCCAUCCCUAAAGCUCUGCCUCCAUCUCCAGACAGGCAUUUUGCAGGAUGGGACCCAAACAAGGAGUACCAGGCCCUGCUGGACUACACCUACCCUCUGAGACCAGGACCGGUGGUCAGUGAGUGGGACACCUCCAAGCCCCAAGGAGACUCUGUCCUCCAAACAGACCCCAACCUUCAGGACUCAGGGAUUGAACUGGACCACCUUUGCAGCUCCACCAGCCUGUCGGGGUUGGACUUUACUGUGAGUGGCUCAGGGCAAACCAGAGAAAGAAGCACACUCAGUGUGAGUCAUAUGUCUCCUGACCUGCAGGGCUUCACCUCAGAUGGUCUGUCCUCCAGUGCCCUGAUGUCCCGAACAGACCCGGUGGGUUUGUCCUUGAACAGUCUGGACGGCAGUAAGAACAGAGAUGGAACGAAUCGGUGUGAAGGUCACCAUCAUCAGCACCAUGCACUAUCCUCCUCCACCUCCGCUUCUUUUAUCCACUCAACCAGUGUUCUUCCACGGUCCAGGUGUGUAUGUGGGGAGGUGGACCAGGAGUUCUGGCCUCUUCCAGAGCAGCUGGAGGAGCUGCAGCUGCUGUCCAGACAGGUGAGGGAGGUGACGGCACAGCUGAACCGGCCUGUCACAGCCAGCUGGGAGUCUCUGGGCCCAAGGACCAACUCGGUCCUGUCCUCCAUCAACCUGCCCGAGAAACACGAGGCUGAAGUCAAAGAGCUGGAGGCCAACAAUCAAGACACAUGUGAAGGAAAAGAUGAGCUGGGCAGAGCGGAGAGAAGUGCUGCUCGGACAGAUAUGCCAGAUAUCACAGCUCUGGUCAGAGGAUUCUCUAAAGCUCAUGGGAAGUGUAGUGUUUAG